AUGGAAAUAGGUUUGCUUCUCAUUCUUCAAGAUCAAGACGGAGUAUCCCAUCGUCAGAAGCCAAUAACAUUCGCUGAUGAGACGACAAUCAAAGAGUUGAGCAAGGCGAUCAAUUCCUUUUGGUGUAUUCAUCAAAAUUAUCAAGAAUUAUAUCACAACGGGAAGCAGAUUAUAUCGCUAAAGUCUACAUUAAAACAAAUUGGUGUGAAGGACGACGAUGAGAUUGUGAUCUAUAAAAAGGCUGUUGGAAUUGCAAUGAAAGCAGGACCCGAAAGAAUGGAAAAUGCCAAAGAGGCCGUCAAGCUGCACACGCGAUUACUGGAGAAAGGAUUUUUCAACGUGUACAGCAGCUUCAACGAGUUUCGCAUGGAAAACCAUCACAAAGUGGCCUCUUGGACUGAUGGAAACACAGAACUAAUGAGAGAAGCCACUGUGAACCAUUUCCGUGCCCUGCAUUUCAAACGCGGAGCCGACGAUGAGUUCACGAAAAACACACUUGCUUAUGUCCAACUUCAUGGAGAGAAGGAAGAGACCAAGUACAACGUGAAAUGUCAUCACUUCGGGUCAUCGAGUAACUCUGCAAAGGGUCAAUCUCCCGAUAUUAAAGAGUUUUUUUGCUACAAACUCCUUGAACUCAUCAACGUGGGACCGCAUGCGCAAUUCAUCCUACCGAACAAAUUGACUGGCAGACGAACAUCUAUGUAUAUCGCAACGAAAUGGUGUGACAAUUUUGUCCCUAUUUCCCACAUCGAAGAAGAAGAUGUUAGUGCAGAUAUUCUUGUGCAGAUUCUCUUGCUUGGCACUUUUCUUUUUAUCGACGAUUUACAUUCUGAUAAUUGCGGUCAGUGGAAAGGCACCAAAGAGGCGGCUAUCGUUGACUUUAUGCCGAGAGCAUACACUUCGUACACGAAUGUUAAGAAGGCUCUGCUCGACAACAGUUCAUCGGUGUAUUGGGAAGCGAUUCAUAUCGACGCGUUGGAAAAAUGCAAUGAGAAAUCGCGCUUGGAGAUGGCAAAAGAGUGUCUGAAGAAAUGGGAUCUGCUGUCUAAGAUCGAAAUGGCCAACGAACAAAUCAAGCUCGAGAAGGAUCGAAUGAAGCGACAAGACAUCGGCUUCAAAGGCUUCAACAGUCCUACUGAAGAACUCGAUCAAUACAUAAUCGCUGUCAAGGAGAACCUAACGAAAUUGACUGUGAUAGGUCCGUGGGAUCCAAUCGGCGAUCAGAGAUUCAUUGAUGGGCCAACGGAGGGUCCCGUCAAAUUCUCAGUGUCGGGAUCUUUAGACGGCGAUGAAUGGUUGAGUUCUGGAUUUUACAUUUAUAUGGAAAUUUGGCACAAUUGCGUUGAAAAUAAAGAUGACGAAAAGAUGCUGAAAGUCGCACUGAUGCCACCGUGUCCGAUUGAGGACAAAACGUGCACCUAUACGUUGAAGCAAGACAUAACCAAUAAAUCGGGAGAUAGCGAGCUCAAAGCCGAUAUGGUCAUAACAUAA